AUGCCACCACCAUUAGGAGAACAUGUAACUCAUAUAUUAUUAGCAGAAUUCGAUAUCGAUAAAGGUUCUUCUCUUGCACAUCAAUAUCCUGAGCCCACCGAUCCAUCAAUAGAAUGUCUUGCAUCUCUCUAUCAAGCUGUUAAUUCAAUGGAUUGUAAGUUGAUGCCAAUAUUUAAUGCACAUGAAAAAGCUAUUUUACGUGCAUCAGAGAACAAAGAUAUGUUUGAAGAAAAAUUUGUAGCAUAUGAAAACAGCAGAAAACAUAUUCAAGAAGGUUCUACAAUCUCGUUGAACGAACAAUUAUCUGACGAUAGUUCAGGUAAAGGGUUAGGAAUUAUUAAUGAAAAUAGUGAAAGUUUUGGGAGUGGUGAUUAUGUUAUUGUUAGUGAAGAGGAGAGAGAAAAAUUGAAGCGAGGAACCUACAUUGAUUUGGCUCCAAAUUUGAGUAAAAAUAAGGAUAGACAUUUCUUUGAGACAAAAGUCGUGUAUAAUGGAAUUAAGCUGCCUAUAAGAGUGCCGUUAACCGUUAAUCCUGAAGAAGUCGGUGAUGUAAUUGCUGAUUAUGUGUUAUCUGCAUGUGCUAUGGGAAGUGGAAGUGGUGGUGUUUUAAGAGGGUUUACGGAACGUGCAUUUCCAUACACCAAUUUAACAAAUGUUGAUGAUUUACUAAAAGUAAUUUUUGAGGAUCAUAGUACAUGGUGGGAUGUCCUAUGCAAUAUUGACACUGGAAAAAUUAUUGUUAGUAAGGAUAUUGCAACUCCUUCAUAUGGAACUAAACCAGAUGAAAAGCAUGAAGAAGGUAUGAGAUCUCCUUCGAGCAAGACUGAAUCUUGGGGGCGAGAAAAAUGGGACACUACUGAUAAUGAAUUUAUGGCUGAAGUAAUGCAUGCAAUUCAACAUCAUUACGGUGAAACAGCGAUACGUGGUAAAUUUCAAGAAUAUGUUCAACGUUUCGUACGGUUAACAGCUUUAUAUGAAGUGGAGACUUUUGGUUCAACUAAAAUCGGAAUGAUGCCAGAGGAUACGGAUUUUCCAGGAAUUCUCGGUACUGGACUAGCAUUUCAGGAUGAAAAUUCAAAACAUAGGGAACUUGCUGCUAACAUUAAUAGGAUUGAAGGAUGGAGGCAGACCAUUAGUUACAAGUAUUAUCAGUUGGAUUUCCAAAAUUAUUUGAAAACACGAAACAUAAAAUCUUUUGAUGUACAUCAUCAAGUAUCAAAAUUAAAAAUGUUAAAAAAUAUGCCUGAACAAGAAGUUGAAACUUUAUUUAAAGCCUUUGUUAAUAGCGUUUCCACUGAUGAACAAAUUAUUGAG